AUGCCAGACGCAUCAAGUUAUAUUAUUCCCACCUCUGAAAAGCCAUAUGGUAUCUCCAACACCAAGGCUUCCAUCCCUAUUGUCCUUGAACUUGAGAAACUAAAUUAUGAUGCAUGGAGAAAUUUGUUUCAGACUCACUGUACAGGUUUUGGAGUGGCCGAUCAUCCGAAGCCUCCUAGCGGGAAACAAAUCACAGAUUCAGAUGAAUGGAAUCACAUUGAUUCCAUUGUGCAGAUGUGGAUUUUCUACACUAUUUUUGAGCCAUUGCUUCAAAUGGUUCUCAAGAAGGUAAGUUCUGCUCACGAAAUGUGGAGUGAUCUAGAGAGCCUGUUUCGCACCAACAAAGACACAAAGAUCAUUCAACUCGACAAUGAAUUACAUACUAUUAUUCAAGGUGCUUUUGAUAUCGCUUCUUACUGCACUCGAAUCAAAUCCAUUACAGACAUGCUUGAUAAUAUUGAUUCUACUAUUCAUGAAAAGAACAUUGUUAUUUAUACUAUCAACGGAUUACUUCCCAAGUUCGAGAAUGUUGCUACAAUCAUUCGUCACAGUGAUUCCAUUUCCCUGCCUUCGUACCUUAAAGCCCUCUCAAUGCUUAUGGAUCAAGAACAACGCCUCAAACAAAUCGCUACACCACCCAAUUCUAAUGCAACUUCUUCUUCUCCUACUGUUUUGAUUUCCGAACAACAACAUCAAAACAUUAAUAAUCCUUCUAGUCGGGGAAAUUUCAAUCACCGGGGUGGUCGAACCGCUGGUCGGGGACGAGGCAGGGACGGCGGAAGUCGUGGUGGUCGUUGGUCUCAAAAUUCCAGUCAACAUGUUCAUACACCACAUAUGUUGGAACUUUGGGUGGUAUCUUGUUAA